GAUAAUUAUCUCAACAUCUCGGUGGCACUUUUAAGCUUCCAUAGAUAGGUCACUGACAUUCAGACUCCAUAGAUAAUGAUUAGUUAUGAACAUUGUAUCAAGAAAAUGACGUGGUAUGAUUGGUGAGGUGUACAUGUAAUAGCAGAUUUAUUUUCAAAGACUGCACAUUUGUUUCACAUUUGUUAUCUUAUAUAUGCAGAGCCGCAGUAGAAAAAAAUGAAGCUCAUGGACGCUAUCAGAACUUUGCAGCAGAAAGGACGACCACAGAAAUGUACCAGAGUGCGUGAGAAACUCACAAUAGGAGUUGGGUGGAAGGAAUUCGGUAAAGAGAAGUGCUACAAACAGGUACGAAGCCAGUCAGGAGGAGGGACCAUUUCCAUCACUGUGAAGAGAGGGAUCAGUUACCGCAAUCUUCUCGACCUGUGCAUAGACAAAUUUUUUCCCCAUGGGAAAUCUGCGAAUGGAAUCAGCACACAGACAAGAAAUUUUUUCCUUGGUAAUAACCAAGGCCUAUCGUUGGAGGAAAACUUUGUUCUGGAUGAACUAUAUAAAGAAAACCCGAAGAUCAGGAUAUACCUUCAUUCCAAACAGAAGGAAAGUGAAGGCAGUGAUAGCAGCAGCCUGCCCGAUCCAGGACUUUUCAGUGUUGAUUCAGGUAAUGUCAUCUUGUUGAUGUUGAUGCGAUUUCUUGAUUUUUUCGCAAAGUCCUAUAGGGUCCUGUACAAAAUUCAGAGUUUGAGGGGAUACGUCCCCAGCAACCCCCCCCCCCCACCUAGGUCAAAGAUUUUUCCAGUCAUUAUGCCUCUUCCCACCCUAGGUGGUUGCUGCAUGGAGGCAUGUUUUUUGGGGUUAUCCAUACAUACAUCUAUCCAUCCUUCCUGUUUUCGUUUUUGUGAUAACUAAAUAUCGUUUGACAGAUCAACUUCUAAGUAGGUCCAAGUAUAUAGGAGCGACGAUGAAUUGAUUAGUUUUUGGGGUAUCAAGGUCACAAAGGUCACAAAAGUCCUUAUACACCUGAAAAUAUAUACACAAAUUUGGUAUUCACCUCAUUUUG